AGGCUGGGAUUUACAGCGGAGAAGGAAAUUUCCAGUUCUAAACUUAUGGUAGUUCCGACAGUGAUGGUGAUCACGAAAACCCAGUCUUAUCACAGUGCACCACGAAUUCACUGAACCGAGGAGUAGCAUAUUUCGGUCGCUCGAUCCGGCGGAGGCCCCACGAUGGGCCUUGAGGUCUGGGCAACCCCACAGCGCGUAUCUGGAGGCCGUCACAGCGGAUUCGAUCAUCUUCAAAACCCUAACACCCCAACAAACCGUACUCUCCGUCUCUGAAUGCCUCAAAGCUCAUCGGCAAAAAAGCACGGUAUAGAGCAGCCGGACGGUAGUGGGCCGACCCCGAAGUCUCAGCGGACGAAAAUGAUGAAAUCUACCGCGGAAGACACGGAGAAGAAGAGCUUGAAGAAACAACUAAAAGAUGUUGAGAUUAGCGUGCCAAUAGUGUACGGUACCGUUGCAUUUUGGCUCGGUAAAAAGGCAAGCGAGUUCCAGUCUCAUAAAUGGACUGUUUAUGUUCGUGGAGCAACAAAUGAGGAUCUUGGUGUAGUGAUAAAGCGUGCUGUCUUCCAGCUGCAUGCCAGUUUCAAUAAUCCAACUAGGGUUGUGGAGUCCCCACCAUUCGAAUUGUCAGAGUCUGGAUGGGGGGAAUUUGAGAUUGCCAUUACUCUUCAUUUCCAACAUGAUGUUUGUGAAAAGCCGCUGCACUUAUUUCACCAUUUGAAGUUGUAUCCAGAGGACGAAUCAGGUCCCAUGUCCAUUAAGAAGCCUGUAGUGGUGGAAUCAUAUGACGAGAUUGUUUUCACUGAACCCUCGGAGGGCUUUUUUGCCCGUGUUCAGAAUCAUCCAGCUGUAAUUGUGCCUAGGCUACCUCCCGGUUUUAGUUUACCUCCUCCAGUACCAAUUGAAGAUCUAGAUAAAAGGAAGAGAGGUGACACUAAAGAUAAUGCCCUAAGUCAGUGGUUCACAAAUUUCUCCGAAGCCGAUGAGCUAUUAAAGCUUGCUGCAGCUCGUCAGCAGGUGCAAGCCCAUAUUGCUAGGCUCAGAAGGCAUUUGAGUUUGAUUGAAGGGCAGCAUCAACAAUUGAAAACUUCCCCUGACCUGUGAAAGUCAUGGAUUCGAGUUGUGAAAACAAUCUCUUGGAAAGCAAGGAUAAGGCUGCGCACAACAACAACCCUUAUGACUCUUAACAAAGUUGGGGGCCUCAAACACUAGGGAUGCCCUUUAUCUGCGUUUGAAAACAUGGGCAGAAAUUCUUAGGCAUUAAUGGCCUUAUAAAAGAUAUAGUCAUAGUUAGAGAUGAUUGACCAAUAGAAAUCUGUAUGGCUAACCUCACUUAACAGAAUUAAGGCUUGCUGUUAUUAUUGUUGUAACUUGUAACAUGUUUCGAAGAAACAGUGGUUUGUGUUGGACAAGCAUGAUUAGCCCCCAUAACAAUACUACUGUAUACUAUGUCUGCAUAGCCUUUAGUAUGUUUUGUUUCUCUGGGUAAACAUCGCAGAUAGUUGCACUAAAAUUUGCUUUUAUUUCUUCAUGCUGAUUAGUUUAAAGGAAUAUUGAAGUUUAACAGUCUCCAGAUGUUGGAGUUUGUUGAUUUUUUACCUUGUUGGAUGUUCCUGAAAAUGAGCACCUGUCUUGUGCAAGUAACAAAGUUGUACAGUAGAUUUUAGUGCUAAACAUGGACCAUAUUACUACUAUUAAGUUGAACUAGUAUCACCUGCAUGGUCGGUAAAAGUAAAUGAAUCAUCUUCAACUUUGCACAAUGUAUCUUCGCUAUCUAGGCUUCUUAUCCUGAAGGUUGUCUUGAUGAUAUGUGUUUAGCACUGUUAUUUAAUCUUGAAGUUGCUAAUUAAGCAAUGCAUUUCUUACUACUAAUGUUAAUAUACUGAGCAUUACAUAUGUUUUGAGUUUGAAUUUGGUUGACCAUCAGGAUUUUUGUUAUGCCCGUGGUGAGACCACCACCAGUAAAUCUCAUCUUUACUUACUAGUAAUUCUUUUUUAUUAGCCUUUUAAUGCUUCAUAGCAACUGAUGAUCCCACCUUUGUGAAUUUUG